CAAAGAAAGGGAAAAACUUUCACCGAAGCUUCUCUUUUUUUUAAAAAAUCACGCUUUUAAAAAGGGUCCCUUUUUUUCUUUCUUUUUCUUAUUUUUCCACGGUCUUACAAUAAUAUAAGCAAAUGUUUAAUCCUACAGCACCUCAAGAAGCUCAAGACUUUAUUGAUUUUGUCAACAAGUCACCUUCUCCUUUCCAUUGUACUUUUGAAGCCGCAGAAAUUUUAAAGAAGGCUGGCUAUAAGGAAAUCAAGGAACGCGAUAGCUGGAAUAAUGGGCUCAUUGAACGUCAAGGUAAAUACUAUUUUACACGUAACGGUUCAGCUCUUGUUGCUUUCCAAGUGGGUGGAAAAUACAAUCCUGGUAAUGGUUUCUCCAUUAUUGGUGCUCAUACCGAUUCACCUUGUCUCAAAUUGAAGCCUGUCUCCAAAAAGAACAAGUCCGGCUAUCUUGAAGUCGGUGUACAACUCUAUGGUGGUGGUUUAUGGCACACUUGGUUCGAUAGAGAUUUAAGUGUUGCUGGCCGUGUUUUGGUUGAACAAGAGGAUGGUACUUUUAAACACACCUUGGUUAAGAUCGACAGACCUAUUUUACGUAUCCCUACCAUUGCUAUUCAUUUGGAUCGUGGUGCUAACGAAAGUUUCUCUUUCAAUAAGGAGACUCAAUUGGCCCCUAUCCUUGCAACCGAAGCCAAAGCUCAAUUAACUGGUAUUGUUGCUACGGAAGGUGUUGAAUCUGAAGCCCAUCAUCAUCCUUUAUUGAUCCGUGUUUUAGCCGAUGAAAUGAAUGUCCAACCCCAGCAGAUUCGUGAUUUUGAAUUGGCAGUGUAUGACACCCAAUUAUCCACGAUCGGAGGAGCAUGUAAUGAAUUUAUUUUCUCACCUCGUUUGGAUAACGAAGAGAUGAGUUACUGCGCCAUUCGAGCCUUAACGGAAGCCACAGAUAUUGAAAACGAUGCAAAUAUUCGAUUAGUCGCCUUAUUUGAUAAUGAAGAGAUUGGAUCGCAAACAGCCCAUGGAGCCGAUUCGAAUCUUUUACCCGUGACAUUGCAACGUUUGGCCAAUACACAUGUGGUGGAUUGCUCCGAUGUCUCAUUGACAGCGUUUGAGGAAUCAAUCCAUAAGAGUAUUUUGGUGAGUGCUGAUAUGGCACAUGCUUGGCACCCUAACUACUCUGACAAACAUGAAGAAAACCAUCAUCCUCAAAUGCAUAAGGGUACUGUCAUCAAGGUGAAUGCAAACCAACGUUAUGCUACCACAGCUGUCACAAGUCUAGUUUUAAAGGAGUUGGCUAAGAAGCAUCAGAUUCCUAUUCAAGAAUUUGUUGUUCGUAAUGAUUCGAGUUGUGGCUCUACUAUUGGACCCAUGUUGAGUGCUAAACUUGGUCUUCGUACUGUUGAUAUUGGUAAUCCUCAAUUGAGUAUGCACUCGAUUCGUGAAAUGGGUGGUACAGAUGAUGUUGCCCAUGGUAUCAAGCUUUUACGUGUAUUUUAUGAGGAAUUUGCUGUAUUGGAGCAAAAGUUCAUUGUGGAUUAGGGGGUUUCCAUUGUUCUCUUUUUGUGAGAAAAAUAAUGGCUGAAAUAAAUAAAGAGCGGAGUUUAUAACGUACCUAUCAAA